AUGUCUAAUAGGGAAAGAGCAUCUAUUCGCUCAGCUCUGCCAAAUACUCAGCAGAAAGCGUCGAGUAUUGCCCGACCACGUUCCGACCAUUUAAAAGGCAUUACAAAGAAAACAUCAGAACCUGUUUGUACCCUUUCAAACAUUCCAUUUACAAGAGGUCUCAAUACGGUAAUGAUGAAAUCGCAUUUCUGUAGUCAGACUGAGUCGCAAAAAGAAUUAUUAGCCAAGUUCAAAAGUGACAGUGGUAUUCUCAUAGAAAAGUUUUCUCGAUUCAAAAAGAAGGUUACAUCUAACCGGAAUCAGAUAAAGACCCAAGUUCAAAAUAUAGAAUGGACUAAUGAGUGGAAACGCCUUAGAAAAAUUCAACAAGAGCUUGAAAAAGAUUUCGAGGAAGAUCGGGAGAAUCAAAUUGAGAGAACCGAAUAUAGAAAUAACUUGUUAAGACAAUUACACGAGGGUGUAAAUAGCCCACUAAAAAGUGUAAAAGAGUGUACAUACUAUUUUUUGAAGGAAAGAAUAUUAGAAACCUCUCACUCGAUCACAUCAAUGGAAAAUGAGAUCAAUCAAUUAUUCAAAAAAUUUCAAAGUCUAAAUCCUCUCACAGUAGACGAAGCCAUUGAUAAUAAUACUUUUUCGGUGGAAGAUGUAAUUCAAAAUUGUUUAACAAGAGCAAAUGUGAAUUCUCAAGAUGCUAUCGAUCCAAUACUAGAUCAACUUUUAACAGAGUUAAGGCAUAAGUUGGAGUUCAUAAUUGAGGAAUAUAGAAAGGAGAAAUUUAAACCACGCAGUCACACAUGGAGCAAGGAAGAUCAUCAACGCUUUAAAAAAGUUUUUAAACAAUUCAAUAAUUCAUGCACGACGGCCCAUCAUGCAAGCUCAUACUACGAAACUCUAAAAUCGAUCCUUCCUCACAAAACCGAGUCCGAGUUGAAAGAACACAAUACAUGGUAUAAAACCGUCCAUUUGAUAGAGAUCCAAAAAGUAAAAGAAAAUAAGGAAAAACUGUUGAAUGAGAUACAAAAACUAGAAAAUUUUGCAGUGGAAUCAAUAUCUCUUCACUGUUCGCUAAUGCAAGACAAAAAUCGAGAAGAAGAAGAGAGACAACGCUUUUCACAAUUAGCAGAGCAAACUAAAAAGUUGUUGCUAGAGCAACUUGUCAUUAAAGAAGAGAAAAUGAAAGAAGAAAGUGAGAGACUUGCCAAGGAAGACCAACAACGAAAGCAAGAAGAAGAUCUCGAAAGACAAAAAGAGGCCAAAAGACGAGAACAUUUAAAGCAACAAUUAGCCAAUUAUCUUGCUGAAAAGGAGGAGGCAACACGUAAAAAAGAAGAGGAACAAAAACAAGAAGAAGAAGCCCUUCAAGAACAGUAUCGUAUUCUACAGAAACGAAACAAAGACAGAGUUGACUUUAGAAAAAACAAAGAGAUCGAAAAACUCGAACAAAGAAAAGCCAUGCUCAAAAAGAGGCAAGAAGAAGAACUAAAGAGAGAGCAAAACCUUAAUCAGCUUAUUCAGGGUGUUUACGAAGAGUUAAGAUUGCUUGAUAUUGAAACAGAUGCGAAAAGAUUAAUUCAACCCACUCAAAGUUUACUGAACAAACAAAAACAAGAAGAUGAAAUGCAACAUCCAUCCACUCGAAAGAUUUAUGGAUACACAACUGAAGACUUGAUGAAGGACAAAAAGUUUAAGCUUCAAUUACUUCUACAAGAAGCUGGACUUUUGCACACAGAAUAUGCAAAAGAAGUUUUCUCAGAGAUGAAACCCUCAAGGCAAACCAGAAUUGAUAAUUUGACAAGCGAGCAAAGCAAUCACUUGUUUGGUGCAUCUCGAAAUGCUUCCAUCUAA